AUGAGUUAUGGAGAAGAGGAAGAUUCAUGCUCACGAGGCAGCUAUGGAGAAGAUGAUGAGAAGCCUCUCAAUCCAACCUCCCUAGACCAUGGGUUGGAGAUGUUUUGCCGGGGUGUAGAGUUAUUUGGACCCUACUGGGACCAUGUGUUGGAGUAUUGGAAGAUGAGUGGGGGGAGGCCAAACAAGGUGUUGUUUCUGAAAUAUGAAGAUCUCAAGGAGGAUAUCAGUGCUCACAUCAAAAGCUCCAUAUUAGCUUUAGGUUGCAAAAUUGUUUACGUGUAUCGCAAUCCAAAAGAUGUGCUAGUUUCCUUGUGGAAAGUUGCAAGGUACUGGAAAGCAAGAUUAGAAUGGCCUCAUAGGGUGCUAUUGUUGAGAUAUGAGGACCUGCAGACUGAGCCUAUUGUCCAUGUCAAGACACUAGCCGAAUUCAUGGGGCAGCCUUUCUCUUUGGAGGAUGACCAAGAAGGCGUGGUACACAAAAUGAUAAGGUUGUGCAGUUUUGAGAACUUGAGCAAUUUGGAGGUGAAUAAGAUUGGAACACUGGCCGCUUCCCCAACCCGUGUGCGUGCAAAUGAUGUAUAUUUCAGAAGAGGUAAGGUCGGAGAUUGGAAGAAUCAUUUAACUACUGAGAUGGUGGAGUGUUUAGAUCGAAUCACCAAGGAGAAGUUCGAGGGUACUAGGGUGAAACUCUGA